AUGAUCCCCCCUGAGCCGCCGCAGCAGCAGCUGCAGCCGCCACCGCCGGCCCCGCCGAACCAUGUGGUGACCACCAUCGAGAACCUGCCGGCCGAGGGCAGCGGCGGCGGCGGCAGCCUGUCCGCCUCCUCCCGGGCUGGCGUACGCCAGAGGAUCCGCAAAGUGCUGAACAGGGAGAUGUUAAUCUCUGUGGCUCUGGGCCAGGUGUUAUCCCUUCUUAUUUGUGGAAUUGGCUUGACCAGCAAGUACCUGUCAGAAGAUUUCCAUGCCAAUACACCAGUCUUCCAGAGUUUCCUCAAUUACAUCCUUCUCUUUUUGGUCUAUACCACCACACUAGCUGUCAGACAAGGAGAAGAAAACCUCCUGGCAAUUUUACGACGAAGAUGGUGGAAGUAUAUGAUCCUGGGACUCAUCGACCUGGAAGCAAAUUACCUGGUGGUCAAGGCCUACCAGUACACGACUCUGACCAGUAUCCAGCUCUUGGACUGCUUUGUGAUCCCGGUGGUGAUUUUGCUCUCCUGGUUCUUCCUGCUGAUCCGGUACAAAGCUGUGCAUUUCCUCGGCAUCGUGGUCUGCAUCCUGGGAAUGGGCUGCAUGGCAGGAGCGGAUGUCCUUGUGGGAAGACAUCAGGGAGCAGGGGAAAAUAAGCUGGUAGGGGACCUUCUGGUCUUAGGAGGAGCCACGUUAUACGGUAUCUCCAACGUCUGGGAAGAAUACAUCAUCCGAACCCUGAGUCGAGUGGAAUUUCUGGGGAUGAUUGGACUCUUCGGGGCUUUUUUCAGUGGAAUUCAAUUAGCCAUAAUGGAGCACAAGGAGCUGUUAAAGGUGCCCUGGGAUUGGCAAAUAGGACUGCUCUACGUUGGCUUUAGCGCCUGCAUGUUUGGUCUCUACAGCUUCAUGCCAGUCGUCAUAAAGAAAACCAGCGCCACUUCGGUCAACCUCUCCCUGCUCACAGCAGAUUUGUACAGCCUGUUCUGCGGACUGUUUCUCUUCCACUACAAGUUUUCAGGGCUGUAUCUCCUGUCUUUCUUCACCAUCCUCAUCGGGCUGGUGCUCUACUCCUCCACCUCCACAUACGUAGCCCAGGACCCCCGAGUGUACAAGCAGUUCCGCAAUCCUUCGGGCCCCGUCGUGGACUUACCGGCCACAGCUCAGGUGGAGCCCUCAGUCACCUACACCAGCCUGGGCCAGGAGACCGAAGAGGAGCCCCACGUCCGCGUGGCCUAGGAUGAGGCCCUCCCCGCCCACUGAAGUCACCUCCGUGGCCACGUUGUUCGCCCUUCAUCUCUGUAUUGUACAUAGAGAAAGUUUACAUGAGUGCUGCAUACCACAGGAGCUCCACCCUGAGAAGUUUCC